AAAAUUUCAGAGAAAAUUCCAAUCGAUGCAUCCUCGGACUGGGAUUUCAGACAACUUGCCGUGAAUAAUGUGAAUCCUCCUUUCCAACGUGCGGCAGAUCUGGGUUUAGUGGAACCGGUAUUCACCGUCUACAUGCAGCGUUUAGGAGAUUUGGCUACGGGUGAGUACGGAGGAGUUUAUACCUAUGGUGGUCUCGAUAAGGAAAACUGUGGUGAUGUGAUUGCGUACGAAAAUCUCACCUCGGCCACAUAUUGGCAGUUCCGAAUAAAGGGAUUUAGAGCAGGAGAUUUGCAAAUUAAUAGACGUUGGGAAGUGAUUUCUGACACUGGCACUUCUUUUAAUGGCGUGCCAACAGCGAUCGCUGACAAGUACGAUGUGUUCAAUCAAGUCUUCAUCAUCGACUGCAACUCGACGACGACAUUGACCCUGCUUAUUGGAGACAAGGAGUAUACGAUUGAAUCGGAAAAUCUCAUUGCAAAUAUCGGGAAUAACCAGUGCAUAAUGACAAUGUUCCCGAUGGAUAUGGGCAGUUUCGGGCCACAAUGGAUCCUCGGCGAUCCGUUUAUCCGUCAAGUUCUGCAAUAUCCAUGA